AUGGCGAACGCCACGGGACGCCCACGGCGACAGGAGUUUGUGGACGCGGAGCGGUGUUACGUCAUCAUGGAGAAGUUUGAGGGACACUUGCGAAAAGCAUUGAAAUGGGUUGCCAAGGAAACGGGUGAUGAGACUGCUGGCCUCGACGCGUUUUCCUUGGGAAAUGUGGUGCAGCAGGUCAUCAGUGCCAUUCUGCACUUGCACACCUGCGGCGUGGUCCACAGAGAUGUCAAGGCACACAACCUCCUCAUUGAUCGAUGUGACCUCAGAGAUCCGAGGUGUCGCGUGGUCUUGUCAGACUUUGGACUCGCCAGGCGGCUAGAGCCUGGGCGCUUCCUAUGCGCUCAGGUGGGAACACGGAAGUAUUGGGCUCCAGAGUUGUACGAGAAAAAGUAUUGGCACGUGGUGGAUGUGUGGGCCAUUGGCGCCAGGGAAACCCAGCGUCAGAUCGUUGCUCCAACCGCAAAACGGGAGUGGAAAAUCCUGAUCUUAUUUUUCAAUUUGUGA